AUGUUGAGCGUCGCGAGAAGCGUUUCAAGGUCUCUGCCAACGAAGAACUGCUGUCGAAACGCGUCCUCUUUGGUUAAGAAGGCAUGUUGGAGCGCCAUCCAGCCAGAUGCUCUCAGGGUCCUGUCCAGGAGAGACUAUGCGUCUGAAGCCGUCAAGGGGGCGGUGAUCGGCAUUGACCUGGGAACCACCAACUCCUGCGUUGCUGUCAUGGAGGGGAAACAGGCCAAGGUCCUGGAGAAUGCUGAGGGAGCCAGGACCACGCCUUCAGUCGUUGCCUUCACAGCGGAGGGGGAGCGGCUGGUGGGCAUGCCUGCUAAGCGCCAGGCUGUGACCAACCCUAAAAACACGCUGUAUGCCACCAAGAGGCUGAUAGGACGGCGCUUUGAUGACGCCGAGGUCCAGAAAGACAUAAAAAAUGUCCCCUACAAGAUUGUCCGGGCCUCCAAUGGCGACGCUUGGGUCGAGGCUCAUGGGAAGAUGUACUCCCCCAGCCAGGUUGGAGCCUUUGUCCUGAUGAAGAUGAAGGAGACCGCCGAGAACUACCUGGGCAACAAAGUGAAGAACGCCGUCAUCACUGUUCCAGCUUACUUCAAUGACUCUCAGAGACAGGCCACCAAAGAUGCCGGUCAGAUCGCUGGUCUGAACGUGCUGCGUGUGAUCAAUGAGCCCACCGCCGCUGCUCUGGCCUACGGCCUGGACAAGACCCAGGACAAGAUCAUUGCUGUUUAUGACCUGGGUGGUGGAACCUUCGAUAUCUCAGUCCUGGAGAUCCAGAAGGGAGUUUUUGAGGUGAAAUCCACCAACGGUGACACCUUCCUGGGAGGAGAAGACUUUGACCAGCACCUUCUCAAACACAUUGUGAAGGAGUUCAAGAGAGAGUCUGGAGUGGACCUGAUGAAGGACAACAUGGCGCUGCAGCGCGUCAGGGAGGCUGCAGAGAAGGCCAAGUGUGAGCUCUCCUCUUCACUGCAGACGGACAUCAACCUUCCCUACCUGACCAUGGAUGCCUCCGGACCCAAACAUCUCAACAUGAAGCUGACCCGAGCUCAGUUCGAGAGCAUCGUGGCCGACCUGAUCCGUCGCACCGUGACUCCCUGCCAGAAGGCCAUGCAGGACGCUGAGGUGUCCAAGGGAGACAUCGGAGAGGUGCUGCUGGUGGGAGGCAUGAGCCGCAUGCCCAAGGUCCAGCAGACGGUCCAGGACCUGUUCGGCCGAGCACCAAGCAAGUCUGUCAACCCCGACGAGGCCGUUGCCAUAGGAGCAGCCAUCCAGGGCGGCGUGCUUGCUGGUGAUGUCACCGAUGUGCUCCUCCUGGACGUGACUCCGCUUUCUCUGGGCAUUGAGACUCUGGGAGGCGUCUUCACCAAGCUCAUCAACAGGAACACCACCAUCCCCACCAAGAAGAGUCAGGUGUUCUCCACAGCAGCUGAUGGCCAGACUCAGGUGGAGAUUAAAGUGUGUCAGGGUGAGCGAGAGAUGGCGGCGGACAACAAGGUGUUGGGCCAGUUCACGCUGGUGGGAAUCCCCCCGGCCCCCCGCGGAGUCCCUCAGAUUGAAGUCACCUUUGACAUCGACGCCAACGGCAUCGUUCACGUGUCUGCCAAGGACAAGGGAACGGGCCGCGAGCAGCAGAUUGUGAUCCAGUCAUCAGGGGGUCUCAGUAAGGAUGACAUCGAGAACAUGAUCAAGAAUGCUGAGCGGUACGCAGAGGAGGACAGGAGGAGAAAGGAACGCGUGGAGGCGGUCAACAUGGCGGAGGGCGUGGUCCACGACACAGAGUCCAAGAUGGAGGAGUUCAAAGAUCAGCUUCCUGCUGAUGAGUGCACCAAGCUGAAGGAGGAGAUCACGAAGGUUCGGGACCUCCUGGCCAAUAAGGACUCGGAGACGGGAGAGAACAUCAAACAGGCGGCUAACAACCUGCAGCAGGCGUCUCUGAAACUCUUUGAAAUGGCCUACAAGAAGAUGGCAGCAGAGCGGGACAGCAGCGGCGGCGGCAGCAGCAGCAGCAGCAGCAGCAGCGGAGGAUCAGAGGGGGAGAAGAAAGAGGGCCAGCAGUAAAGCUGCGGUCAGGCCGUCACUAUGACAGCAAAGGACUUGGUGCUCAGGUGGCACUCCUGAGUUAUUCCUCCAUGUGAAAUAAUAUUCUACUGUGUUUUUGCAGUAAAAUAGAUUCAUGUCAAUAUAUGCUCCCAUGUCCAGCAACAUCCUAUGUUUGUAAUUUAACAGUCAAUGUUCUAUUAUUUUUACAAAGCUCUUAAUUGACUUGUGAUUAUUUUCCUUCCUUGUUCUGAGGCACAUGGGCUUAUUUCUCGCCCCGUGUCGAUCGAUCACUUCAGCCUCUUCUGUUCACAGGAGAAACGUGUAGAGCUCCCCAGGGCUGAUGAUUAAAGGAAUCAUGUGCUGAACUCAGGUGCUGCUCCACCUGUCCUCAUCACAACCUUCUGAGCUGCUGGAAUACAAUCUUCAUUUCAUUAUUCAAUUUUCAAGCUCUUAGAGCAUCUUCAGCUUAAAUGAAGACCUUGUUCCCUCCUGCUGGUCGUCACUCCAGACAGCCGGCCUUUUUGAAUAAUGGGACUAAAAAAGAUCUGAUGGUGUGUGGGAGGAUUGUCUCCCCGUCAUUGAUUGUAGAUAAAGGCUGUAUAGGUAGUGCUAUUAACAGCUUCACCGUGACUGGGUCCUGGAGUCAGACGGUCCAGGGGCAGAGCUUGGUCAGCCAUCCACCUAUAUAUGGAUAAAAAAGCUUGGAGACAGGAGUGAAGAUGUUGAAGCGUGGUCUCGGGGGUCAGAUCCCAGCCAGGGGUGGUGAUGCUGAGUAAACCGAGGCCAUCGCUGGUAGCUGCCUCACUCCAUGGUUGGGGAUUCACGUGUUGGGGUAUUCUAGCUGUGAAACUGAAGGGUCACAAUAACUGUUGCAGUCUUUUCUAAUAAAAGAUGAAAACCUGA